AUGGACCUCUGGGAACUAGUGGUGGAGGUUAGGAGGGUGAAUCACAGGCUGAUGACUAUUAAGCUAGUCGUUGGAGGUUUUACUUUGAACAUACGCAGUGUAUACGCACCCCAAACAGGCUUGGAUGAGGAAGUCAAGAGGCGUUUCUGGGAGGAUUUCGAUGAGAUGGUGCGUGGUAUCCCCCAUAUUAAGAAGCUUUUCAUAGGAGGAGAUUUCAACGGACACAUUAAAGCGACGUCUGAGGGGUAUGAUGAUGUGUAUGGUGGCUUUGGUUUUGGAGAUAGAAACGAAGGAGGAAUGUCUCUUCUAGACUUUGCUAGAACAUUUGAUUUGGUGAUAGCAAACUCGAGUUUUCCGAAGAUGAGGGAGCACUUGGUCACCUUUCGGAGUUCGGUGGACGAGACUCAGAUUGAUUAUUUACUUUGCAGGAAGUCCAAUAGAGGUAUUUGCACGGAUUGCAAGGGGGAUGGGGAGAUUGAUGAAGAUGUCACAUAUUGUAUUGGAGCUGGAUGGAUGACAUGGAGACACACUUCCGGUGUUUUAUGUGACAAGAAG